CUCCUGCAGCCCACAGCCUCGGGCCCAAUUCCGGUACAGGACCCUGAGAGAACUACAUCCACAGAGAGAACUGCGUCCACAGCGCCCAGACCUGGUUGUUCAGCAGUCCCGGGGAACCCCAGGAACCCCAGGUAGGUACCAAGCCUUGUGCCAUGCACCCUGCAAACUUCGCAGCUCAAUUUAAUGGGCAUUUCACAUACACAUUCCCCCAGUUUCCGAUGCCCCGCAGAGGGUCUGGCGGGUGAGGCCAGCCAGGAUGGCCCUGCUUAUGCCCUGGGACCCCAAGUACGAAGUGAUGACCAGAGGAUCACAGCUGUGGGGGGCCGGGAGCUCUUCUGGGGGCUCCUUUUCCAACCGCACCCUCUGCCAUCCCUCCUUCUGGCCCCUGUACCGAGCCGUCCCCUACCGCUCCCGCUCCCGUGGGCCCAAGGAGCCUGGCAGUGAGGCUAAGCUGAGUAGCACUCCCAUUGAAGUCCCAGUGUUGGGCAGUGAAGAUGUUUUUCUCUCAGACCCUCUGUUGCCCCUGUGCCCUAUGUUGCCCCACUGCCAGCGCAUUCCCCUGCACCUGUCCAAGCCCCCUGAGCAGGUCAGGGGUUCGCUCAAGCUGCUGCUGCCGCCCCCUAUCAUGGCGACCUCUGUCUCCUCAUCAACCAGGCUCAGUAGAGCUGAGCUCAUCGCCCUCAAAGGCCUCCUGCAGAUGAGCCAGGGGGAGCCCAAACCCAGCUCUUCCUCCGGAGCUUCAGACGACCUCUCUGACCUCUCUAACCGCGUGUCUGACCCACCUGGCCCCAUGUUCAACCCUUCUGACCCUGAGUUUGAACCCCUUGACCCCGUGUCUGAACCCUCUAAUCCUUUGGACCCUCCUGGCCUGUGUCUGACUCCCUGA